GGGGUGACGGCUGCUUGGCCAGCCCGGCCCUGGCUGUCGGCGCGGCCUGUCACCCCUGGACACCCAGAGGCGGGGGUUUUCCAGACACGGCCUUGGCCCCGGGCGCCCGGCCCUGGUCUGGCGCCCACGCCCGGGGCUAACCGCCUCUUCUGCCCUGUCCAGCGUCUGCGUUUUCCGAGCGGUACCUCGGCCUCCACGGACUGGACAACAGGGCCUACGAGAUGACGAAGGUGGCCCACCGGGUGUCGGCGCUGGGAGAGCAGCAGUUCCUGAUCAUCCACGCCACCGCGGACGAGAAGAUCCACUUCCAGCACACAGCGGAGCUCAUCACGCAGCUCAUCAGUGGCAAAGCCAAUUACAGCCUGCAGGUAGGCCGCCCCCACCUGGGCCACGCCCACACCCACGGGCGCCCCCAACCCCCCCAGCCACGUGCGCGCCACCUGGCAGCUGGUGUGCGAAGAUGGGGAGCGCCUGGGGAGCGCCUGGGGAGCGCCUGGGCCCCGUGA